CUGCCAGCGCAAGACCUCGGUGACGAAUCGGCCUUCGCCGUAAAGUGGGUCGUGCGCCAAUACCUCCACCCUGAGGACGCUGUCAUUCUGGUCCACGUCCUCCUACCCUCCGUCCUCUCCGGCGCUGAUUGGGGCUCCGUCGACCCCUAUAUAGUCGACGCUGCAGCGAAGAGUCCCAUCGGAAGCUCGAGGAUGACUUCGACACCUUCAUCUCCAACAAAACGGCUCAGCCGCUCUUUCAUUGAAGGAGGCGAAGACAAUCAGUUUUAUCUUGAACAAGACACCGUAAUCAAGAACAACAAGAUGGCAGCUGCACCAGCACCAGAACCAAUAAGGGGUGGGCUCCUUAGGGAAAAACCUCUCACCAACUCUGAUUUGAUCAACUUGGAAGUCCCAACUGCAGUUGCACAGCAAAUCGUAUUCGAGCACGGACAUAGCCAAAUCCUGACCUUCCUGACACCUUUCCAAAACUUCCAGUUUGCUUGCUUGGUGGUGGCGUCUCAGAGGAACAAUGGCCGGGUGUUUUUGAGGCACUUCCUGUGGCAAGAUUGCAUGAUGAGGAACCACUGGGGCCUUGGGACCCACAUCGGCUUCUUUGGCUCCAAUCUCCCAAAUGCUUUCUAUCUUAAUUAA